AUGGUUUGGAUGCUAACCCCCAGCGGAGAAUUCACAAUUGCCUCGGCCUUGUCGGUUGUUCGAGGCCAUUCGCAUGGGUCAUUCGGGGCCGCCUGUGUUUGGCAUGGGUCGCUCCCUAUCACUAUUUCAUUCUUCAUGAUUCGCUUGCUAUCGAGUAGGUUGCCUUUACUGGACCAGGUGCACCGGUUGGGAGUCCACGGGCCUUCUAGAUGCUUCUGUUGCACUGUUCCCCAGGAGGAGCGCUUGAAUCACCUAUUUUGCACUGGGGAAACUGCACGGAAGGUAUGGAGGGCCUUCGAAACUCAACCGGGGAACUCAGACCGUAUCUACUCGGUUCGUCACCUGGCUGUGUCGUGGUGGAUCCGGCCGGCCCAGCAGCGGUAUGUGGCCUUUGUUUAUCAUAUACUUCAUUCACUCAUCUGUUGGGAAUUGCGGUGUGCGAGAACCAGGGCAUUGCUGAAUGGGGGAAGGACAGAUGGGGGAGGGGUGGUUGACCGAGUCCUGUUCAGGCUAAGGGAGUUACUCCAUGCUCAGUUUCCAUCUAUAGGGUGGACUGGUGGUUCGUGGGAGAGUUUGUACUUAGCCUUAGUGGCUCGGCCCAAAGAAAUCACCAUUUUGCAGGUUAAAUGGGUGGCCCUGAAUGGGGGCUAUAAGCUCAAUACGGAUGGGUGUUCUCUUGGAAAUCUAGGGGCCAGUAGAGGAGGGGGCGUGGUUAGGAACUCUCAGGGAGGCUUCGUUCUUGCUUUUUCGUGUUCCUUUGGUGUCUCAACGAGCCUACAUGCGGAAUUGAAGGCGCUAGCCCAUGGGGUGCAACAGUGCAUUGCUUGGGGGUUUUUAGAGCUGCAUCUCGAGGUGGACUCACUAUCUUUGGUUCGCAUCAUGUCAGGUGAUCAGGCCUGUCCCUGGCAGCUGCAGUUGGAAGUGGAUGACUUGUUGCAACAUAGGCGGCUAUUCCGGUCCAUCACACAUUGCUACAGAGAGGCUAACAAACCUUCGGACAGGUUGGCUAAAUGGGGUGCCGUUAGUGUGAGGAUUCCUUGUUUACUUCUUUUGCCAUGCUACCUCCCCUGGUCCGCGGAGAUAGACGAAUGGAUAGAUUAG